AUGGUCAACAAACCCGACUCUGCGACAGAACCCUCACAAGAUGUCCUGGCCCCUGCCCGCCCCGACAUGAAGAACAAAACAAAAGUCCUCAUCCUCUCCACGCGCGGCGUCACCACCCGCUUCCGCCAUCUAAUGGAGGACCUGCUUAAAAUCCUCCCGCACGCGAAGAAGGAGUCCAAGCUCGACUCGAAGGACCGCCUCCAUGUCGCCACCGAGAUUGCCGAGCUGCGCAACUGCGACCUCGUCAUGCUCUUUGAGUCCCGCAAGCGCCAGGACCUCUACCUGUGGCUCGCAAAGUCCCCGUUCGGGCCCUCCAUCAAGUUCCACAUCGCCAAUUUGCACACCAUGGAUGAACUCUCGUUUUCGGGCAACAAUCUCAUGCACUCACGCCCGCUGCUCACUUUUGAUCCAGGAUUCGAUGAAACCCCGAUUAUGCGAUUGGUCAAGGAAAUCCUCUCUCAGACUUUCUCUGCUCCAGCGGGGCAUCGACGCACGAAACCUUUUGUCGAUCACAUCAUUAGCUUUUCGCUUGUGGAUGGCCGCAUCUGGUUUAGACAUUACCAGAUUGUUGAUGCCGCGCUCGAUGAGAAAGUCAUUGAUAAGAGCGUCGAGUCUACGCUCGUCGAAAUUGGCCCGCGCUUUGUCAUGGCCCCGAUCAAAUGUUUCUCUGGCGGCUUCAACGGUGCCACGUUGUGGGAGAAUGGCGCCUAUGUAAGCCCCAAUGAGGUCCGACGCGCAGUCCGGAAAAGGGAGGGAGACAAGACACUGGGCAAGAUGCAUCAAAGGACCAAGCGAUCCAAGCACGUUGAAGCGAAUAAGAUUGUUCAUGACCCGAUUCACAAAGUUUUUCGGUAA